CUCUUGCUUUGUGUGUGCUUUUCGGCUCCAUUUUUAGCUUCCUCAAGAUCAUCAUUGACCUCUCUCUCUUGAUCCCUCAUUCUGGGUUUGAUUCGCUUCAGCGUCCUUCUUCCUACUUCAGUUCAGUAGAUUUGACAGUGCGAUCGCUUCUUCGCCCCCAAUCCCGACACUUGGGGUUUGUCUCUCGGCAAUUGCUAAGGUUUGUCAUACUUCGCCGACUUCGGAGAGCUGCUAGAUCUUACGAAGAGUUGACACAAAUGCCAGAUUUGGGUGAAAAGGUGGAAGAGCCAUCUUUUAUUGUUGAAGACGAUCACGAUCUCCGCGAUGAUCAUGCCGUUCCUAAGUUCUCGACGAUUACUGAAUUCGACUCCCCUCUGGAAGAAAAGAUCACGAGGAAGGUCAACAUGGAGGGAAAAUGCAUUCAAAAUGUUUCAUCUCAAGACUUGAAUGAUUCUGACACUAGUGAAGCUCCCCUUGAGGUUGAGUUUGUCAAUGUGAUGGAGAAUGAUAAGCCAGCAAAGAUUACUUCACCGCUCGAUAGUUGUUUUGAUUUUGACGCAGCUUAUGAUCGAUUUGUGCUUUGGUCCUGCAAUCUCUAUGCAAUGCAUGCAGGAUCAGGGAGCAGGAAGAAGAGGCAAGCCGUGAUUGGCCUAAACAAGAUCGGAGUGGAGAUUAAGAAGGCAAAGCGCAGCAACAACAACAACGGCAGUUCCUUGAAGCGGAGGGUCUUGGCCUAGGGAAGAGAAGUGUUGAUGCACAGAUUGAUGGGAUUGAUAUUGUUAAGUGUUGAGUUGAAUGUUUUUGUUUGGUGGGAAGCCAACCCCUGGAUGUUGGGAUGUUCUAGUGCGUUAUUCAAAUUGACCAAAUGUAAAGACUAAAUUUAAUGUUAAUGGACUUUAUUUUGUCUAUGUUUUUGCCAUUUCCAUA